CGUGGGGCCAAGCAUGACUUUAAAAGACGCUUCCAACUCAAAGAAGGGGGAAGAAAGGAGUCCGGCACCAACGAAGACCCCUAUCAAGCAAGUCGUUGGUCGAGAAGCGAUCAACCCUCAACCACUCACCAUCCAAAGUUUGGAAGCAUCCGACGACGACGAUCCAUCAGGAGAGGGAGAAGACACGGAGCGCCUGGAGGGCCAACUAGCGAAGCUUCGGGAAAAGCAAGCACUUCAAAUGGCCAGCACGCAAGGCCAACUGGAUCAAGUCAUGACCGCGUUGUCAGCACUAACAAAGGCAAACAAUCACGCGCCUCCCAAUCCCCAAGAAGCCACAGAGGAGAGGAGGCGCCUCCGAGGAAAGAUGCAAGAGGUUGAGGUGCUACCCAUGAACUCCCCACGGGAGGGUGUGGGCGCCUCACCCAACGAGGACGCAAUCGAAGCUGACGACGAUGUCUACCUGGAGAAGUACGCCCGACUCAACUACGGCGCCUCGGAAGAAAGAAGCGCCCUGGAAUUUUUGUAGGGGGAGGGCCGCCCUUUAAGUAGGCAUAACCCAAAGACACCCUAAGAGAGGCAAAAGCGUGCUAGGAGGAGUCCUUUUAUUCAGUUUAGGUUGGUAAUGUUAGGAAUUUUCGGGGAAAGGGACGCGCCCUGGCGAUACCCCAUGUAAUUCCCUAUUUUGCUCAAGGAACGGAUAUUCACUACUCGACAAUGCAAAGCUAAUCCUAUUUUAACAGAUGGAGUCACCCCAGACUCGCUUCCUCCGUCGAGAAGAAGCCUAAGCGUGUUACCACCUUCUCAGGGGUACACGUAAGAAAAAUCAAGUUUUGCU